CACAUUGUGUGUUUUUAAAAAUCAAAACAAAAACAAAUCGCAGUUAUGAAAAUGGUAGUUUUUUUGUUACGUGGAGUUGACAAAUUUGAUUUUGACUGUUUUCUUGACUUGUAAUAUUGCUAAUUUUUGGAAAAUCGAUGCUAAUGCAUAAUGUUAGGCUCAGUUCAAAUUUCUGGAGAAGAUAUUGGUGACAUAGAAGUAAGAGAUAUAUGCGAAUCUCUACGUGGAAAUUCCAUUCGUUUGCUUUCUCUUCGUGGUUGUGCAGUUGAUGAUGCUAAUUUCCGCAAGCUAAUGGAAUCUAUAAAAGAAACAAAUUCUCUUGUUCAUUUAAACCUCAACUUAGGGGUAAUAAAUAGCAGAAAUAGAGUUUUAUGGCUGGCGGAUGGUGUAAAAGGAAACGAAAGCUUAAACACACUAUUGUUGCAUGGUAAUCCUAUCGGUGAUGAUGGUAUGAGUGUGUUAAGCACGGCCCUUGAACAUCAUCCGAACAUUCAAACACUUGAUGUAGGUGAUUGCGAGUUAGGCGACGAUGCAAUCACUUCUCUCUGCAGUUUGUUCAAAUAUAGAAGCAACAAAAAAGAUCUUCUCGAGUUGACGUUGACUGGUAAUAGAAAUAUCACUCAAACGGGUUGGGCGCAGUUCACUAUGGCGCUUGCUCACGGGACACACAUUAAAGGUUUAUUCCUUGAUUAUAACUUAAUUGGUGACUUCGGUGCCGGCAUGUUUGCUGUCGCACUUGCAGCAAUGAAGAAUUUAGAGACGUUAGAUUUGGAAGGGACAGGUAUCACAAAUGCUGGUGCUGAUUUGCUCUGUGAUUCUAUCGAAUCUUACAAUGUCACUCUUCGUGAAUUGAACCUUGCUGAAAAUGAGAUCAGUCAAGACAUUUUGAACGAGAUCAAAGAAUGUUUAAAUGAAAACACAAGUGCUUUGACAUUUCAAAAGUAACUUAGACGACUAAACAGAGAGGGUACAAGUAGCUACAUGUUAUUAUAAGCGGUGCAGGUUCACCGCGAACAAAAGGACGUGAGCGAUUUAUUAUAUGAAGAAAUUCAUCAUGUUAGAAACACAACGCGAUUUAUAAUUUAUUUUGUUUUUUAAGUGAAUGGUUGAAUAAGGAAAUAAUGUUAAUAAAUGGGCGGGUGUACAUAUUGCUUGUAUAAAGUCACGGUGUAUUUUUUAUUAUUUUUUUUCAAGUAGAACUACGCUGCAUUAAUUUUGCCACUUACCUGUAUUGCGAAAUUUUGUCGCGAAAAAUGACAACGGAACACCAUCCGCGUAAAAUAAUCUCUUUAAAGUAUCGAUCGAGGAAAGUGAGACUGAAUUGAAAAACAUUGCAUUUCGACUGUAAAAUCGCCUUAAAAAAUAGAAGUGUGUUAUUUAUUUAUGUAUGAAUGAAUGAACGAAUAAUGAACACACGGUUCUUAUUGAAUCAGUGUUGAAGUGACAAAAGCUUUUCCCUUAUAAAUAUUAUGUACAACCUGACAUUCAGGAACACGAUGAGAGAGAGAGAUAACGUUUUUUUGUAAAUUUUUAUUUUGUAUUUGUAUAUUAGUUGAAGUUGAGUAAAAAAAUGAGUGAGAGGCUAACUGUAA